CGUGGUAUAGAUCGUAGUAAGGACUCCACUCAUCACAUUCAUAUCCAACAACAAACUACAUACUAGCAUGAAGAUGUUCAUGACUGGGAGGCUCAUCUUGCUGCUGGCUACCCUCGCCCUCGCCGGGGCGGCGGUCGCGGAAGCCGCGGAGUGCGGCAACGAAGCCGGCGGGAUGCUGUGCCCGAGCAACCUGUGCUGCAGCAGCUCGGGGUACUGCGGCCUGGGCCGGCAGCACUGCAGCGACGGGUGCCAGAGCGGCGCGUGCUACCCCAACAAGAGGUGCGGCGCCGCGGCCGGCGGCGCCACCUGCGACGCCAACCAGUGCUGCAGCUCGCUGGGGUACUGCGGCUUCGGCGUCUACUACUGCGGCGACGGGUGCCAGAGCGGGGCGUGCCGCGCCGACGCCGAGUGCGGCGGCGGCAAGGUGUGCGGCGACAACCUGUGCUGCAGCAGCUGGGGGUACUGCGGGCUGGGCCCCGAGUUCUGCGGCACCGGCUGCCAGACCGGCGCCUGCUACGACAUGCCCUCGGCCUCUCGCGCGGCGCGCCUGGCCGAAGCAGCCAUCAUCCUGUCCUCCUGAGCGCUGCCUCCGACCACAUAUAUGCGUGUCCCUUCUAGUGAAUAUAAAUAAAUAAUGUCUCGAUCAGGGAUGCUAGCUGAUCGAUCGUCGUCGAUCGACGUACAACAUCCAUGCAGAUGAACAUGUAUGGUUUGAUAAGUUCCCAGCAGCUACUGUAGUUCUGCUCUCGUGCUUUUUGACAAAAAUAAUAUAAAGUCCUGCUUGUGAUUUAUAAGGAAUAACAUCAUAAUAUUAGCUA